AUGGACAUACGGAGUGUGGAACCAAGUGGAGACUACAUUGCCCUCUCCAUUCUGAUCCCAACAGAGGGGGAGAACAUUGUGCUUUUUACUUCAAUUGCCUCUAGCACUGGAAACAAACAUUCAGAAGGAAAAAUGGAUGACUGGUCUUGGUCAGAAACGACCAGCUUUCGACUUUUCACCCCUGAGUCCUUGGCAGCAAUUGAGCAAAGAAUUGCUGAGAAAAAAAAGCAGUUAGAGAAAGAAAAAGAGAAGAAUAAGCACCAAGGAGUUGGAAAAGAACAACUUACUCCCCAGGUUGAUCUGCAAAUCUGCAAAAAGCUGCCAUCUCUUUAUGGGGACAUUCCAGCAGAGCUCAUUGGGGAACCCCUGGAGGAUUUGGAUCCAUACUACAGUGAUCACAAGACUUUUAUGGUGCUAAAUAAAAGCAGGAUUAUUUUCCGGUUUACUGCCACACCUGCCUUGUGGAUAUUGGGUCCUUUUAAUCGAGUCAGAAAAGCAGCCAUUAAAAUUCUGACCAAUCCAUAUUUUGCUUGGUUUAUUGUAUGUACUGUGUUACUCAAUUGUAUUCUACUGACUGUACGUAAGCUUCCACCAGAACUCGACUGGACUGAAGAAGCUUUUGCUGCCAUAUAUACUACUGAAAUAUUGAUAAAAAUAGUAGCAACAGGAUUUGUUUGGAAUGAAUUUACCUUUCUUCGAGAUCCGUGGAACUGCUUGGAUCUUUUUAUUAUUAUCAUAAUGUAUAUUACCAUGUUUCAAGAUAUAGGCAAUGUUUCAGCUCUUCGAACUUUCAGAGUACUGAGGACUUUGAAAGCCAUUUCAGUAAUACCAGGUCUGAAAAUCAUCGUAAAUUCACUUGUUGAAUCUGUUAAGAAACUUGCUGAUGCAUUGAUCUUCACUGUAUUUUGCUUGAGUAUAUUUGCUCUGAUAGGCCUUCAGCUUUUUAUGGGCAAUUUAACAUCCAAAUGUGUCCUCAGGAAUGCUAUGUACAAUGACUGCUUCUGUAAGGAUCCCAAGAUCUAUGUACCAAGUGAUGAAGGUAAAUAUAUCUGCUACAGAAUGAAUGGCUCUUCUGACAUAUUGCUCUGUGGGUUCAAAUAUAUCACAACAUUUACCUUUUCCUCACAGAUUAUCCGUACAUCUGGAGUGUCCAGCUUUUUUUUUUUUAUGGCAGUCAUCUUUUUCUGCUCAUUUUAUCUCUUCAAUCUGAUCUUGGCUGUGGUAACAAUGGCAUAUGAAGAGCAAAACAGAGCUGAAAGAGAGGCCAAGAGAAAACUACUUCAGGAUGCUCAACAAAUUAGAGAGAAAGAACAGGAGCUGGCUGCAGGAGAAAGCAGUAAGGUCUUGCAGGUUGGAUCUGAAAUGCCACUUGCUGACUUGAAAAAUUCAAAAGGAAGAGAGAGUAAUAAGGAAACACCUAUUUUAGGACAAAAUGCAAUUUCCAUUGACCAGAAGAAAAAGGAGGAAAUAUUUCAUUCACAGCCUGGUCACAGCCACAGGGAGCUUAGGCAGGUCCUGCUGUCUCGUGAUGUGUCAGUGGACUCUAUUAAUGAUCCUUCACGAAGACAGAGGUUAAUGAGUGCAGCUGCUAUUCUUACAGAUCUUUCAGAACUUCAAAGGUCAAAAGAGAAACGUCUUGCAUUGUGGAAACGUUUUGUAAAAAAGUGCUUAAUUUGGAAUUGUUGUCCAUUCUGGAGAGCAGUCAAAAAGAAGAUGAAAUUGGUGAUUUUGUAUCCAUUUUUUGAUCUCUUUAUCAUGUUUUGCAUUAUCUUGAAUACCUUAUUUAUGGCUAUGGAGCACCCUGACAUGCCAGCAUAUACCAUACCACUGAUUACUAUAAGUGACGAUGUCUUCACCCUGAUUUUUGCACUAGAAAUGAUCUUGAAAAUCAUUGCUCUAGAUCCCUACUACUAUUUUCAGAACAAGUGGAAUGUUUUUGAUAGCUUCGUUGUUUUGAUUGGCCUACUGACCAUUGGAUCCAGUUUUGUACCUUUCCGGCUGAUCAGAAUAUUCAAAUUGGCAAAGUACUGGCCAGCCUUGAAUACUCUUAUGAAAAUAAUUCUGAACUCAUUUGGUGCUCUGAGUAACCUCACUCUGGUUUUGGCUAUCACCGUAUUUAUUUUUGCUGUAGUAGGAAUGCAGCUUCUGGGCAGUGAUUAUGAAAACAAAAUCCAUAAAAUAAGCACCAGUAAAACCUUACGCUGGCAUAUGAUGGAUUUCAGUCAUUCAGUCCUGACUAUAUUCCGAAUAUUAUGUGGAGAAUGGAUUGAAAUGAUGUGGGAAUGUAUGGAAGUGGCUGGAAAAGAGGAAUGUAUUACCAUUUUCUUGCUAGUCCUGGUGAUAGGAAACCUGGUGGUGCUCAACUUGUUCAUUGCCUUGCUGCUGAGUUCCUUCAAUACUGACGCCUCAGGGGGACAAGAGGAACCUGGAGAAGGGAAUAAAUGUCAGAUUGCCCUUGCACGGAUUUACAAGGGCCUGAAGUCUGUGAAAGACAGAAUUCUGGAUCCUUGUGGCAAAAAAAUGAAAGGAAGCCUCAAAAAGACAGACAAAAAGCAGACUUUAGUAGAAAUUUCUGGCACAAACCUAGAGGAUAAUAAUUAUGCCAUGACACAUGUCAGAAAAUAUAUAGACAACAAUGGCUUUGACACAGAGUUUCACCAUAAUGAAGAGAAUUCCUCGAUAUCAUGGAAAUAUGAAGACAUUUCCAGCAGUCACAGUAUCUGUGUUCCCAUUGCAGCAGCAGAGAGUUACAGUGACCAAAGUGAUGAUGAGCACAUUGUAUUCACAGAAACAGAACAGAGAAAGCAGAAAUUUGAUGCUGCCUGUAACUUUUCUGAAGCCAGCACUGUGGAUCCAGCUGUUGGUCUGGAGAUGUUUUCCCAGACUAAAAACUCACACCUGCCUAAGGACUGUUUUGGAGAAAAGUGUGGUAAAUGUUUCCCAUGUUGUGUAGUGGAUAUCACUAAGUUUCCAGGCAGAACUUGGUGGAACUUCAGGAAAACCUGCUACAGAAUUGUUAAUCACAGCAGAUUUGAAUAUUUUAUGAUUUUUAUGAUAGUAUUGAGCAGCGCAGCACUGGCAUUUGAAGAUAUUUACCUGCACAAGAGAGAUACACUGAAAAUGAUCCUAGAUUAUGCUGACAAAAUAUUUAUCUACAUCUUUUUGAUGGAGAUGCUUCUGAAAUGGGUAGCUUAUGGAUUGCACAGUUACUUCACAAAUUGCUGGUGUUUGCUUGACUUUGUCAUUGUAUGUGUAAGUAUUAUAUUCAUGUAUCAGAGUGUAUCACCUUGUUCCUCCAGGAGUGGCCUGAAAUCUCUCAGGACUCUUAGGGCAUUGAGGCCUCUACGAGCUUUGUCAAGAUUUGAAGGGAUAAAGGUUGUUGUCAAUGCACUCCUCGGAGCUAUCCCCUCAAUCCUCAAUGUUUUGCUCGUCUGUGUUGUCUUUUGGCUCCUAUUUAACAUUCUAGGAGUAAAAUGGUUUGGGAGAAGAUUUGCAAAAUGCAUACUCCAAGAAGGAGAUAUCAGUCUCAUUAAUAACGAAACUGAUUGUAUUACCUAUGGUGGAAAUUGGACAAAUUAUCCUGUAAACUUUGAUAAUGUUGGGAUAGGAUACUUGGCUCUGCUCCAAGUGGCAACUUUUAAAGGUUGGAUGGAGAUUAUGUAUGCAGCAGUGGAUUCACGUGGGAUCUAUGAACAGCCACAGUUUGAAGCACGCUUACACAUGUAUAUAUACUUUGUGGUUUUCGUUAUUUUUGGAUCUUUCUUCAUGCUGAACCUUUUUGUUGGAGUGGUUAUCAACAAUUUUAACCAACAAAGGAAAAAGAUAAGUGUAAAAGAUCUAUUUCUGACUGAGGAACAGAAAAAGUACUAUAAUGCCUUAAAAAAGCUUGGAUCCAAGAAACCUCAAAAACCCAUCCCAAGACCAUCGAAUGCAUUCCUGGGAUUGCUGUUUGAUAUCGUAGAGCACAAAGCAUUUGACAUCGUCGUUGUGAUUUUGAUCUGCCUAAACAUGGUUGUUAUGAUGGCAGAAAAUAACCAGGGAGACACCAAGGAAGUUCUUAAUAAAAUCAAUUAUUUUUUUGUGGCUAUAUUUACUGCGGAAUGUGUCAUGAAAAUACUGGCCUUAAGACAGCACUACUUCAAAAGCGGCUGGAACUUAUUUGAUUUUAGUGUUGUGGUCCUUUCAAUAGUCAGUCUUGGAGUUUCUGAAGCGUUCAAAACGUUCAUCUCUCCUACACUUUUGAGAACCAUUCGUUUGGUGCGAAUUGGCCGAAUCCUGAGAUUGGUUCGAAGAGCGAGAGGAAUUCGAACCCUUCUGUUUGCAUUACUGAUGUCUCUUCCUGCACUGUUCAACAUUGGCCUUUUGCUUUUCCUGAUUAUAUUCAUUUAUGCCAUUGUGGGCAUGGAAAACUUUGCCUAUCUUCCCUGGGAAGGUGGGAUUGAUAACAUUUUCAAUUUCCAAACCUUUUCUGGUAGCAUUCUCUGUCUCUUCCAAAUUACAACAUCAGCUGGCUGGGAUGGUCUUCUGGCCCCUUUGUUAAGGGACUCUGAUUUGUGUGCUCCCAACUUAGGUUUAACACAGUCAUGUAAAACCAAUUGCAUAAAUAAAACAUUUGGUAUUUUCUAUUUUGUAAGCUAUGUCAUUAUAUCAUUUCUCAUUGUUGUAAAUAUGUACAUAGCUGUCAUUUUAGAGAACUUCAAUGUUGCCACUGAAGAAAGCACAGAUCCUCUUUGUGAGGAUGACUUUGAUAUGUUUUAUGAAACAUGGGGAAAAUUUGAUCCUCUGGCAACAGAGUUUAUUGACUAUUCUGCCCUUUCAGAGUUUGCAGAUGCUCUGGCAGAACCUUUGCGCAUUCCAAAGCCUAAUAACAUCCAGCUCCUAUCCAUGGACCUCCCUCUAGUGAGUGGAGAUAAGAUCCACUGCUUGGAUAUCUUGCUGGCUUUCAGUAAACGAGUCUUGGGAGAAUGUGGAGAUUUUGAUAGACUUAAAUUACUCAUUGAAGAAAAAUUUGUGGCUGCCAAUCCAUCUAAAUUUUCUCACAGGCCAAUUUCUUCUACAUUUAAAAGAAAACAAGAGGAGGUAUCAGCAGUUAUUAUCCAAAGGGCCUUCAGGAGGUAUUUGUUACAGCGUUCUUUCAAAAAUACAUCUUUCUUUCGCCGUCGCAGACAUAACAGUGCUGUUUUUGGAGAAGAAGCACGGGAGAAGCAAAGGCUUAUUGUAUCAAUGUUUAAUGAAAGUAGUGGCAGGAAGAUACAUAAACCACGGUCUGUUUCUUCCACAUCUCUCCCCUUGCUUUACGAUGCUACUGCUGAAACAAAAAGGCUGGACAUAUAAGGUUACCCCAGGCUGCAGCAUUUUUGAUAUGUAAACCAAAGUCACUUAUUUUCAG